AGACACCACAUUGAUCUCAUCUCACAAUGGAGUUUCAGAAGUCACCUGAUGGAGGGUGGGGCUGGGUGAUUGUGACCGUCUCCUUCUUCACUCAGUUCCUCUGUUACGGAUCUCCAUUAGCUGUUGGGGUCUUGUACAUAGAGUGGUUGGAUGCCUUCGGUGAAGGAAAAGGAAAAACGGCCUGGGUGGGAUCCCUGGCAAGCGGAGUCGGCUUACUCGCAAGUCCUGUCUGCAGCCUCUGUGUGUCAUCUUUUGGAGCGAGGCCCGUCACAAUCUUCAGUGGCUUUUUGGUGGCUGGAGGCCUGAUGCUGAGCAGUCUCGCCCCCAAUAUCUACUUUCUGUUUUUUUCCUAUGGCAUCAUUGUAGGUCUCGGAUGCGGGUUGUUGUACACUGCGACAGUGACCAUUACAUGCCAGUAUUUUGACAGCCGCCGAGGCCUCGCGCUUGGCCUGAUUUCAACAGGGUCAAGCGUGGGCCUUUUCAUCUAUGCGGCUCUGCAGAGGGUACUGAUAGAGUUCUAUGGCCUGGAUGGGUGCCUACUUAUUGUGGGCGCUUUGGCUUUAAACAUACUAGCCUGUGGCAGCCUGAUGAGACCCUUGCAGUCUUCUGACUCUCCUUUUUCUGAAAAAAUAGCCCCGGAGAAUGUUCUAGAUAGGUACUCCACGUACAACGAGAAAGAGAAGAGCCUGGAAGAAAACAUGAACAUCUUGGACAGGAGCUACAGGAGUGAAGAUAAAUGCAACAGCACCUUGCCCCGUGGUGACUGGGGACAGGAGACUCCUAAAAAUCCUGCAGCUGCAGCACACGCCAAGGAGCCCGAGCCUUACAGAAAGAAGGUCGUGGAGCAGACUUACUUUUGCAAGCAGCUUGCCAAGAGGAAAUGGCAAUUAUAUAGGAACUACUGUGGUGAGACUGUGUCUCUAUUUAAAAACAAAGUCUUCUCUGCCCUUUUCAUCGCCAUCUUGCUUUUUGACAUCGGAGGGUUCCCGCCCUCGCUGCUCAUGGAGGAUGUAGCGAGAAGCUCCAACGUGAGGGAAGAGGACUUCACCAUACCACUCAUCUCCAUUAUCGGCAUCAUGACAGCCGUGGGCAAGCUUCUUUUAGGCAUCAUGGCUGACUUCAAGUGGAUCAACACCUUGUAUCUCUAUGUAGCUACCCUGAUCAUCACGGGUCUGGCCUUGUGUGCAAUCCCCCUUGCCAAGAGCUACGUCACCCUGGCGAUACUUUCUGGGAUCUUGGGUUUCCUUACUGGCAAUUGGUCCAUCUUCCCAUAUGUGACCACAAAGACUGUGGGGAUUGACAAAUUAGCCCACGCCUAUGGGAUACUCAUGUUCUUCGCAGGACUUGGGAAUAGCCUCGGGCCACCGAUUGUUGGUUGGUUCUAUGACUGGACACAGACCUACGACAUCGCCUUUUAUUUCAGUGGCUGCUGCGUCCUGCUGGGGGGCUUCAUCCUGCUGCUCGCCGCCUUGCCCUGUUGGGACACGUGCAACAAAAAACUCCCUAAGCCAACGCCAACAACCUUUUUCUACAAAGUUGCCUCUAAUGUUUAGGGGGAUAUUAAAAGGCACUAUUUUCUCUAUUU